AUGAAGCCGAACAGGAAGUGGCUACUACUGUUCUUGCUGGCCUGGCUCCUCCUCUUCCUGUCCCUGCUCUGUCACUUCUUGGACCUCAAAUCCUCUUCACUGCCUCAGUCCAGAUCUGCUGCAGAGUCUGGCCCCACCAGGACAGAAACCUGUCGGCUGGCCUCUCAUCAUGGGGGGGUGAGGACCCGUAAACCUGCUGGAGACUUGGAGGGGGACUGGAGGAGGAGGAGGAGGACUGACCACAGGUCCAGGUCUGAGGAUGACUACAGGUCCAGGUCUCGGGACUACUACAGGGCCAGGUCUCUGGAGCUCCUGCAGGGACUCUGGAGUGGGAACCUGACAGCAGGGAUGUUGAGUCCUCGUCUGCAGAAGGUCCUGAAGGUGCAGCUGAGCUCCAACAGGCACCAGGUGGUGCCACGGGGGCCCAGGGGAGUCCGAAGGUCCGGCCUGCCGUUGUACUGUGAUCUGAAGAAGAGGAUCAGGGUCCGAACUGUGGACGGCACUGAGGAGCCGUUCUCCAGUCUGGGCUGGGACCGGCUGGUGCCUUCAGUGCCCUUGCAGGAAGUUGGAAAAGGUCAGUACGAGCACUGUGCCGUGGUGACAUCCGCUGGAGCUAUGCUGAACUCAUCUCUGGGGAGGGAGAUCGAUUCCCAUGAUGCAGUUCUUCGCUUCAAUGCGGCACCUACCAGAGGCUUCGAGAGAGAUGUGGGGUCGAAGACCACCAUCCGCAUCAUCAACUCCCAG